AUGGCAGCACGUCCCCUCCUACUCAGGCUUGCAUUUGCACGCUCCACCAUCUUGAACUCUGCAUUUCGCAGCGUCGACCCUCCCAGACGAGCCUUUCAGCUGUCGGUGGCCAAGUUGACGGCGACAGUAGCGACCUCGCCGCCCUCAGCCGGCAACCCAAUCAUCACACGUCCACCUGCCUCGCCUCUCCCAGCCGAGGAGGCAGCCAACGAGACCAAGCACGCCGCCUUUCUUGGAGAGGCUGACAGCAAUGAUGGACAUGAAGCCUUCAAAGACGCAUACGGGGCCCCAGCACCAGCUUUGGAUGCCCAGAACUCGGCGUUUUUGGGUGAGGCGGACUCGGAUGACGGGUUUGAAGCACAAAGAGCGGUCGACGGAGACCAGCAUGAACCUCUCGAUGCUUCCCAGUCCGCGUACCUGGGCGAAGCCGACAGUGACGAUGGAUUUGAGUCGGAUGUUGAAGUGCACCCCGAAGACCACCGUCACAACAUUGAGGAUACGAGUGGAAGCGGGCUGCAUGGUCAGAGUGGUGAGCUGGACCAGAGAGUCGAAUGA